CCCUGGGCAGUCGGCAGAGAGGUGGCCGGAGAAAUCGGCGAUGACUUCCAGCUGUGUGUGUCUUGCCAGCUCCAGAACUCUGUGGCUCCUCAAGCUAUUGCUCAUGAUCCUGGGACUUGCCGUUGUUCUGUUUAUGUUCCGAAGUGUGCCCCUGCAAGCAGUGUUCAGCACAUUCGAGCCACAGAUCCCGAAGCCUGCGCCGGGUGGCCAGGUGCUGAAGCUUCUACCUGAGAAGCACCUGAGGAACCUCUUUACCUACGAUGGCAUCUGGCUCUUCCCCAAAAAUCAGUGUGACUGUGAUUCCGGCCAGCUGAAAAGAAAAUACAAUUUUCAGGGUGCCUAUAACCAGAACGACCUCCCAGCUGUGAAUGCCAGGAGACAGGCGGAAUUUGAACACUUUCAGAGGAGAAAAGGGCUGCCCCGCCCACCUCCUCUGCUGGCGCCACCCAAUCUCCCCUUUGGAUACCCAGUGCAUGGAGUGGAGGUGAUGCCCCUGCACACAGUUCUCAUCCCAGGCCUCCAGUAUGAAGGGCCAGAAGCCCCGGUCUAUGAGGUCACCCUGAGAGCUUCUCUGGGGACGCUAAACACCCUUGCUGACGUCCCAAACAGUGUGGUGCAGGGCAGAGGCCAGAAGCAGCUGAGCAUUUCCACCGGUGACCGGACACUCCUGAAAUUCAUCCUUCAGCAUGUGACGUACACCAGCACGGUGUACCAGCUCCGCAAGGUGGACAUGGUGAGUUUGGAGUCCAAGUCCUCAGUGGCCAGGUUUCCAGUGACCAUCAACCAACCGAUUGUACCCAAGUUGUAUGACCCUGGACCAGAGAGGAAGCUCAGGAACCUGGUGACCAUUGCCACCAAGACUUUCCUCCGUCCCCACAAGCUUAAGACCCUGCUGCAGAGUAUCCGGAAAUAUUACCCGGACUUAACUGUGAUUGUGGCUGAUGACAGCAAGGAGCCCCUGAAAAUUCAAGAUGACUACAUGGAGUAUUACUCCAUGCCCUUCGGGAAGGGCUGGUUUGCUGGUAGGAACCUGGCCAUCUCACAGGUGACCACUAAAUAUGUCCUCUGGGUGGAUGACGACUUUCUCUUCGACAGCAAGACCAAGAUUGAGGUACUGGUGGAUGUCCUGGAGAAAACUGAACUGGAUGUGGUGGGCGGCAGCGUGCAGGGAAACGCGUUCCAAUUCAGGCUGUUGUUGGAGCAGAGUGAGAAUGGGGACUGUCUUCACCAGAGGCAGGGGGAUUUCCAUGCUCUAGAUGGCUUCCCCAAAUGCGUGGUGACCAGCGGCGUUGUAAACUUCUUCUUGGCUCACACGGAACAACUCCGAAGAGUUGGUUUUGAUCCCCGUCUGCAACGAGUGGCUCACUCAGAGUUCUUCAUUGAUGGGCUGGGGAGCCUGUUGGUGGGCUCGUGCCCAGAGGUGACUGUACAGCAUCAGUCACGGUCACCGGACAAGGAUCCAGAGAUGGCGGCCAUGGAGAAGUCUUACAGCACAUACCGGGCCAACACCAACGCGCAGGUCCAGUUCAAGCUCGCUCUCCACUACUUCAAGAACCAUCUUCAGUGUUCCACUUAAAGACACAAGGAACCGGAUAUUUAAUAAACAAAACGGAUUGGCUGUGGGCAACAAAAAUUGUAGGACUGGCCCAUAAGGACAGCAAAGAGAGCUGGAGUGAGGAGAUAUGGAUAGCUCAGUCAUUCCAUUCAGAGGCAUUAGAAAUGGGUCGUCCCUGGUCAGGGCAGCGGAGAUGACCUAACGGUUAAUGAGCACGGGAUGCCCUCCCAUGCAUGAAGUGCCUGCCUGCACAGAGAACCACUCACUUCACUCAUCUGAGCCUCGUGGUGAGGGAGGUGUUGAUUGAU